AUGGAGAGAUCUGUCUUUAGUUACAAUCUGUAUUUGAAAGUGAAGAAAACUAGUGGCCACUACACCUGUUCAUGGACCAAGAUAUUUUCAAAAGGGACAAAGCUCAUAGUAAUUCCCUCAGACAAGCACUUUGAUUCAGACAUUUCUCCCAAGCCCACCAUCUUUCUCCCUUCUGUUGCUGAAACAAAUCUCCAUAAGGCUGGGACAUAUCUUUGUCUCCUUGAGAAAUUCUUCCCUGAUGUUAUACAUGUAUAUUGGAAAGAAAAGGAUGGUGAUAAGAUUCUGGAAUCUAAAGAAGGAAAUACCAUGAAGACCGAUGAUACAUACAUGAAGUUAAGUUGGCUGACUGUGACUGAAGAUUCAAUGGAUAAACAGUACAGGUGUAUUGUCAAACAUGAAAACAAUCAGAGAGGAGUUGACAAAGAAAUUCUGUUUCCUCCUAUUGAUAAAGUUGUCAACACCGUUACUCCUACAGAAGCUUAUUUGACAACUGAAAAUGCUUUCACAACUAUUGAUAUUAACUCCAGAGAAAAUGUUAUGAGAUGUGAAAAUGAUAUGCUGCAGCAUCAAGUUACAAACACGUCUGCAUUCUACGCCUACCUCAUCCUGUUCUUGAAGAGUGCCCUCUACUUGGCCUUCGUUACCUUCAGUCUGCUUAGAAGAGCUGUGCCUUGUGAUGGUCAAAGAUCAUAAUGGAUGAUGAAACAGGAGGGUCAUGUUAUCUUCAUCCUUUUACCCCCAAUAUCUUCUGAGGGUCUAGCUGCUUGUGCUUACUGCUUUGACCUCUCAAGAUCACAUAUGUGGAAUUUUGUAUCAUUACUAUCCAAAUGUUUUCAAAACAGGGAGGGAACUGAUCAACUCCACCCUACAACAAAUAGUUGCCCAUGAAGUGCUCAGCCAUCCUCUUCCAUUCCUAUCUCAUCUUCCAUCUCUCCCCAACAGCUCAGAGAAUCACAGCCCCAAUGCACACAAACUGCAGCUUCUAGUCACCCCCACUUCAUGCCCUUGGAGCAGAUAAUGCCUUAAAAGCCUCUACUUCACAUGUUCUGAAGAACCAAACUCUGUGUUUUGUUUUGCAAAAUACAAUAAAAAUCAGUUCUACUUUUGA